UUCUUAAAAGUAUUGCAUGGGAGCAAGAUGUCUAUGAAAUGGCUUUCACUUCUGCUGCUACUACAACUGACUUGCUACUUUAGAUCUGGAAGUUGUGGGAAGGUGCUGGUGUGGCCAGUGGAAUAUAGUCAUUGGAUUAACAUGAAGACAAUUCUGGAUGAACUUGUCACAAGGGGUCAUGAGGUGACUGUUCUAACAUCUUCAGCUUCCGUUCUUAUUGAUCCCAAUGAACCAUCUGCUAUUAAGUUUGAGACUUUCCCUAUAUCUUUAACUAAAGAUGAUUUUGAGAAUAUCACGAAACAUUUGGUUGAGAAAUGGACAUAUAUGGCAAAAAAUUCAUUUUGGACAUAUUUAUCAUCAGUGGAAAAUUUAUUUUGGGAAUUUUCCGACAUGCUUAUGAAUACCUGUAAAGAUAUUGUUUCAAACAAGGAACUUAUGACAAAACUACAUGAAUCAAGGUUUGAUGUCAUUCUUGCAGAUGCUGCUGGACCCUGUGGUGAGCUGCUGGCUGAGGUACUUAAAGUACCUUUCAUGUACAGUCUCCGCUUCUCUCCUGGCUAUUCAAUUGAAAAGUUUAGUGGAAGACUUCCAUUCCCACCAUCUUAUGUUCCGGUUAUAUUUUCAGAAUUAAGUGAUCACAUGACAUUCAUGGAGAGGGUCAAAAAUAUGAUAUACAUACUUUAUUUUGACUUUUGGUUCCAGACAUUGAAUGAGAAGAACUGGAAUCAGUUUUACAGCAAAGUACUAGGAAGACCCACCACAUUAUUUGAAACAAUUGGAAAAGCUGAAAUGUGGCUCAUUCGAACCUAUUGGGAUUUUGAUUUUCCUCGCCCACUGCUACCAAAUUUUGAAUUUGUUGGAGGCCUCCACUGCAAACCUGCCAAAUCCCUGCCUAAGGAAAUGGAAGAAUUUGUCCAGAGCUCUGGAGAAAAUGGUAUUGUGGUGUUCACUUUGGGGUCAAUCGUCAGUAACCUGACAGAAGAAAGAGCCAAUACGAUUGCAUCAGCCCUUGCCCAGAUUCCACAAAAGAUUCUAUGGAGAUACGAUGGCAAGAAACCAGAUACCCUAGGACCCAAUACUCGGCUGUAUAAGUGGAUCCCCCAGAACGAUCUUCUUGGUCAUCCAAAAACCAAAGCUUUUAUAACUCAUGGUGGAACCAAUGGCAUUUAUGAGGCCAUCUACCAUGGGAUCCCUAUGGUGGGCCUUCCUUUGUUUGCUGAUCAACCUGAUAACAUUGCUCAUGUGAAGGCCAAGGGAGCAGCUGUCAGAUUGGACCUGCAAACAAUGUCAACAACAGAUUUGCUCAAUGCAUUGACACAAGUCAUUAAUAAUCCUUUCUACAAAGAGAAUGCCAUGUGGUUAUCAACCAUUCAACAUGAUCAGCCAGUGAAGCCCCUGGACCGAGCAGUCUUCUGGAUCGAGUUUGUCAUGCGCCACAAAGGAGCCAAGCACCUGCGGCCAGCCGCUCACAACCUCACCUGGUACCAGUACCACUCUUUGGACGUGAUUGGGUUCCUGCUGGCCUGUGUGGCAACAGUUGUAUUUGUCAUCACAAAAUGUUGUCUGUUUUGUUGCCAGAAGUUUGCUAAGACAGGAAAAAAGAACAAAAAGGAGUAGCUGAAGUAGGUACACCCCAUUGAUGGAACUCCUCCAGUUUAUUCCAGUAAGAAGAGUUAUGAUAAGGUUCCUGUCCUCCUGUGACAAAAUGACUUUUCACAAUUUAGCAUCUCAGGUCAAAAUUUGUUUUCAAGGGAAUUUCUUCCUGUUUAAAAGUUAGAAAUAAGUCAUGCCAAGAAUAAAA